AUGAAAGCAUUAGAUCCACUUCAUGCCAAGCAGCUUUUUGGCUGGCAUGCUUUCUUAAAACCAAGUCCACUCAAUGGAUUUGAGAAACUUGUAGAAGAAUUCAUGAAAGUUUGCCAUGGCUUACCAUUGUCUCUCAGAGCGUUUGGAGGACAGUUAUAUGGCAAAUUCAACAAAGAUUAUUGGGAGAAUCAAUUACAAAAGAUCAUUAGAAUACUACCUGAUGAUAUUAAAAAUAGGCUAAAAGUAAGUUACGAUGCUUUAGACCAUGAAGAGAAAGAAGCAUUUUUGGAUGCAGCUUGUUUCUUCAUUGGAGAGGAAAAAACUUCAGCCAUUGCAGCUUGGGACGGAUCAACUGGGAGUGGACUGUGCAGUUGGGAAAGUCUCUUGAAUAAGUGUUCUGUUGAAGUUGAUGAAUAA